CCUCUCAUUCAAUUAUUAUAAAACUCUGCAACAAAAUAUUUGCAGAUCUUCCUUAAUAAGAUCAUAAAUAUUACCUAGAUAGGAUAAAAGUGUAACACAUUCUUGAAAAAAAUAUUGAUCUCUAUAUUGUAUAAUGGCUGAAGACCCUUUAGAAAAUGCAGCAUUUGGAAGGAAAAAAAUGGUGAGAAUAGAAUCAGGGGCAGUAAGAGGGUUCAAGAGCCUGCAUUUUCUUGAUACUAAAACAGGGAAAGAAGCAGAUGCUUGGAAAAGUGUAGAGAAAAGAUUUCCUGAAAAUGCAGUUAAUGAUAUUCUUUUUAGAGACAAAUUUGGAGCAUGUAUAGGAAUGGGAGAAAGCAAGGAAUUUGCUGAGGAGUUGUUUGAUACAUUGGCAAGGAGAAAGAAGAUCAAUGCAGAAAAUGGGAUAACCAUUGAAGAACUUAGAGAAUUUUGGGAAGAUAUUUCAACUAAAUGCCCUGAUACAAGGCUUCAUAUUUUCUUUGACAUGUGUGACAAGAAUGGUGAUGGGAAACUAUCAGAAGAAGAGGUCAAAGAGGUUCUAGUGAUGAGUGCUGCAGCCAACAAAUUGACAAACUUCAAGCAAAAUGCAGCAACAUAUGCAGCUUUAAUUAUGGAAGAAUUUGAUCCUGACCAUUUAGGAUAUAUUGAGAUAUGGCAACUUGAAUCUUUACUAAGAGGAAUGGUAGGAUCAGAAGAUGGGAAAAAGAACUUGAGGAGAUCGCAAACACUAGCGAAAACCAUGAUCCCUAGACAAUAUAGAACUCCAGUGAGCAAAUUCUUGACGAAAAACUUAGAGAAGAUACACGAUAACUGGAAAAGAAUUUGGGUCGUAACGUUGUGGUUGUCUAUUAACUUGAUAUUAUUCAUAUGGAAAGUUCAACAAUUUAAGGGGAGAGCAGCUUUCAAGAUUAUGGGUUAUUGUGUUUGUAUAGCUAAAGCUGCAGGUGAAACUCUCAAGUUUAAUAUGGCUCUCAUUCUCUUACCAGUAUGCAGAAGAACUCUAACUCAACUUAGAGAAACUUUCCUUGGUUCUAUUAUACCUUUUGAUGAUAACAUCAAUUUCCAUAAAAUGAUUUCCUUGGGAAUUACUCUAGGGACUUUUAUUCAUGUCUUGUUUCACACGAGUUGCAACUUUGUGAAAUUAGUAUCCUGCCCGAAAAGCAAAUUUAUGACGGUUCUUGGAAGCAAUUUUGACUACCACCAACCGACUUACAUGGAUUUGGUAGCAUCUAUUCCAGGCGUAACGGGGAUACUGAUGACCCUUCUCAUGCUUUUCUCCUUCACAUUGGCAACACAUUCCUUCCGAAGGAAUGUGAUCAAACUGCCAGGGUCAUUUCGUCAUUUAGCAGGAUUUAACGCGUUCUGGUAUGCACAUCAUCUGUUGGUACUCGUUUACGUGCUCUUGAUCCUACAUGGCUACUUCAUAUUCCUCACCAAAGAAUGGUACAAAAAGACGACAUGGAUGUAUCUUGCAGUCCCAGUACUUCUAUAUGCUACAGAAAGAGUUCUCACUGUCAAAGAGAACCGCUACGAAGUGAAAAUCGAAAAGGCUGUUACGUAUACAGGGGAUGUACUAGCACUGUAUAUGAGUAAACCUCAAGGAUUCAGGUACAAGAGCGGGAUGUACCUGUUUGUUAAAUGUCCAGAUAUAUCAAAGUUCGAAUGGCAUCCAUUCUCAAUCACUUCUGCACCAGACGACAAAUAUUUAAGUGUCCAUAUACGUACAUUAGGAGACUGGACUACAGAGCUUAGAACCAGAUUUCAAAAGGCUUGUCAACCGACACAAUCAAGGACGAAAAAUCUUAUUAGAAUGGAAACUAAAGCAUAUAAUCCACAUGACACUGAACAAUCUCAACCCGAGAUCAUUAUCAAAGGGCCUUACGGUGCACCAGCUCAGAACUACAAGAAAUAUGAUAUCCUUCUGCUAGUUGGCUUAGGAAUUGGAGCAACGCCAUUUAUCAGCAUUAUAAAGGACAUACUAAACCAAGAAUCUGGACAUAGUCAGCAGGAAGAUGAAUUAUCUAGCAAGAAAGGUCCUCAAAGAGCAUAUUUCUACUGGGUGACACGAGAACAAGGAUCAUUCGACUGGUUUAAGGGUGUAAUGGAUGACAUCGCUGAACAUGACGAAAAUGAAGUGAUAGAAAUGCACAACUACUUGACUAGUGUUUAUGAAGAAGGAGACGCUAGAUCAGCACUAAUCACUAUGGUGCAGUCACUACAACAUGCUAAAAAUGGAGUUGAUGUUGUCUCAGAAAGCCGGAUAAGAACACAUUUCGCUAGGCCAAAUUGGAAAAAGGUGUUCUCUCAAUUGGCAGCAGCGCAUCCAUCAUCUCGCAUUGGUGUGUUCUACUGUGGAAGUCCAACACUUACCAAACCACUCAGAAAGCUGUGUCAAGAAUUUAGCUUAACUUCAUCCACUCGCUUCAACUUUCAUAAAGAGAACUUCUAGAGUAUAGUGGUUUCGCAUCUUGAGAUUUCAGUACAAUAUCAAUGUAUUUUCAGUUAAAUUUGUAAUAUAUUGUUCGCUGUAAAAGUUUAGGGACAUUUAGAAGUGGACUUUGAUUAGCUGCAAAUAUCAGCAUUCACUCUCAAGUCUUCUGGAUAGACCUAUCUCAUUCUGCUAUUUGGUUGA